GAUUUGCCGAGUUGACGCCCUUGUUGAAAUCACUGAUUACGUCACUGACAAGUGGAGCAGGUGAAAUUAAGAGCAGCGAUAUGACGCAUUUUCAAGACUCUGAGGAACACACAUCGAUGUUGAUAUUGCUAUUCUUAUUUCUAACAAUUUUGAUCUUGGCUGUAUAUUCAAAUAUUCGACUUUUCGUAAUAUUAUGCAGAAACUUUCCCAGAGAGCGAACGCAUAGCUAUUUCCCAAUGUUGUUGCUAUUGAACACGUUAUCUAGCAUGACAGUGAUCAUUCUGGUGUGCAGCAUGCUUUUACCAUUUGUUCCACAUGGGGUGGAUGGGAAAAUUGAUUCCGCCUACGAUGUUAUAGUCUACCCAGCGGUCUACGCACUUAUCACCCCAACACUGAUUGCGGCGGCUGAUCUAAUUCUUUGUGUUCAACGUGUAGCGGUUUCGCGGAAACUUGGAGAGACUAAAGUUUCAAAGCGAUGGUACGGAGUUCUAACAUUUCUAAUCGUGGCGGGACCUAUUGCAUAUAUCUCUUACAAUUCCAGAAUUUACUCUUUCACCAUUGAGAAUAAACGAAAUGCCAAGCAGUUUGUAUGCUUUUUGGCCGACAGUAUUAUUAAAGGAGUUUGCGGAGUUUUAUCCUUCAUUGGUUACUUGUCAAUCUGGAUUUGGGCAAAAAAGCAGAAAAACUUUGAUACAAUCAUUCGGCAGGCAUUGCCAAUUGCAACAUUUCAAGUGCUUAUAAUGACGAUUCAGUUUUUGUUGGAGCUGCCGAAUGUGCCAAAAAUAGAUCCAAGGGAGCGGAUUUUUCUAGAUGUGUGCUUUUCAGCGGCGGCUAGCGUGGUAGUCCCCCUAUGCACCAUGAUCGGAGAAUCCCGAAAACGCGACAUGUUCUAUAGCUCAUUCUGCUACUGUUACUGUUAUUGUGAGCCCCGACCACCACCACCAUCAUCAAGACAUUUACCGGAGGCUAGCAGUAAAGCGGAUCGCCAGAAAAUUGAAGAAGAGGAGGCGAGAAAACGAAAGAAAAAUGAGGAAUUGAAAAGAAGAAGGCGAGAAGCCAGAAGUGAUCGUAAUUUUGACAGUUUGGAGAGCCAAGAAUCAGAAGUUUGAAGUUUUUGUUUUUUGCUUUUUGAAAAUAUGAUAUUAAAAAUAAAUUUUUGCUUAAA